AUGCUUAAACAGCUGAAACAACUUACCUUGUCUGCUACACGUAGGAAUGCUGGUGUUGUAUUGCGUUCAAGGCUCUAUAGCUCUCCUGCCGCUUGCCAAGCUUUAACGACUCCUAAAACUCCCAAAAGACUAUCAAGAGAUGAUCGGCGAGCUGCGGUUGAGUCUUUCAUCGCCGAAUACAGAGCAGCUAAUGCUGGCAAAUACCCUACACUGCGAGUUAUUCACAAGGAAGUGGGAGGCGGUUAUUAUGUUGUCAGGGAUAUCUUUCAAGAGCUUAAACUCAAUCCCAAAGCAUCUUUGCCAAUCGUAGCUAAAGCACUCUCAGAAGUCUCUGCAUCUGUGCCAAAUGAUGCUUCUUCACAGACUUUAGAUGAUGCAGAUACUGGCUCUCAGUCGCAUAGCUCUGUUUGCAAUGCAGAACAUUCCUCUCCUGUGGUUGAUGACGCUGUGUUUCAAGCUGAGAGUCCUGACACAGUUGAGAUAGGAAGUGAUCAGAAGCAGGCUACAAUAGAGUCUUCUCAACCUUUCUCAGAUGAAAUUAUUCUCCAGGGAAACAAUCUUGACAUCACUCCAACACGUGCAACAGAUUCUACUCAUUUUAGCUCUGAUGAAAGUUAUCUCCAGGAAAACAAUGUUGACAUUACUGCAACACGUGACAGUCUUGUUACAAUCGAGACAGGAAGUGAUCACAAGCAGGCUACGAUAGAGUCUUCUCACCCUGUCUCUGAUGAAAGUAAUCUCCAGGGCAACAAUCUUGACAUUACUCCAACACGUGACAGUCCUGUUACAAUCGAGACAAGAAGUGAUCAGAAGCAGGCUACAAUUGAGUCUUCUCACCCUGUCUCUGAUGAAAGUAAUCUCCAGGGCAACAAUCUUGACAUUACUCCAACACGUGACAGUUCUGUUACAAUCGAGGCAGGAAGUGAUCACAAGCAGGCUACAGUAGAGUCUUCUCACCCUGUCUCUAAUGAAAGUAAUCUCCAGGGCAACAAGCUUGACAUUACUGCAACACAUGAUGAAACAGCAACAGAGACCGCUCCUAAAGAUGGUGUUGGCAGUAAAAGCGUUACCAAUACUCAUCUUCCUGAAAUUCAAACGUCAGUGGUAUCAGAGGAAUGUUUAAAAAACCCAGAGACUGAGGAAGAGGAAAAAUUGACGCUCUUAGGUAGUCAAAAGUCGGAAGCAGACCAUCCUGAAGGAGCUGCUGUUUCAGCAAAUGAUUUGCCUACUGAGAACAGACAAGUUUCAGAGGAAGGUGCUGGUGAGGUGAAAACAAGAGAACAAUCAGGCGCUUGGAGCAAUAUAAUGUCAUUUGCCAAAGGAUUUGUUGACUUUUGGAGAAAAGGAUAG